AGCACCUGGGAGAUUGCUCGAACCGCGCAGGGACCCAGCACAACGUAUACUGAUCAGCUGCGCCGCGUGUUCUCUUUCUCUCGCCUGUUCAUGACAUAGACGCGCUGUCACAUUUCACCUGGGACAGCAAUUCCCGGCAAUCCCAGCCAGCAAUCCAUCCAUCGUGACGAGUGACGGCAGCAGCAGGUUUCCUGGCUACCAUGGCUGUAUAACGCCCUAGAAGCCGAAGAACCACCCCUCCCCAACGCGACCUCGCCCGAAGAAGACACCCACCGACACUUCCUCUUCCGUGCCGUCACCAUGGCUGGCUCCAACAAGACCGGGGGUUCGCCCACGACGCGCAGCCCUCGCUCACGAUCGCCCGCAGUAUCAGGAAGGACAGACGAGUCCGGCCGACUGCUAUCACCGCUUAGCUUGGGACAGCCCAGGAAUGACACUCAAGACAUACACAACCCCUCGCCCUCGGACGGCGCCCCCAAGAUCAUGCGAUCGGCCCCAACCGGCUCGCCCAUCUCCAGCAAGGAAGCCGGCGAAUUCCCCUUCCAUGUUCCAGCGAAUGCCAACGGGGGUAGCAUACCCGUGCCUGUCGAAUCUGCUGAAGCCCCCCUCCGCGCCCCGAAGCCCUCCUCGCACAUGUCCAAUGGAUCCACCAGCUCCUACUACCCGCCCUUUGCGCCCAUGUCCCGACAUCCUACCGAGGGCGAACUCUCCGACGCACCCCGAGAACGCAAGAGCGUCCAGUUUGCUCGCUCCGCCACAUUCACAUCCGAUCAGCCCGCCGCCAAUUCGCGGCAGCAGUCAUGGGAGGUCGAAGACGGCGAAGGAAAGGGCAAGGAGCGGAGUGGACAGAGCUCGUCGCUCAUGGGCAAGCUGAGGGCACUGGCAGCGCCCAUGCAGGGACACGGCAGGAGUCUGAGUGCAUUGGGGGGAAGCUCAGGCCAUGAAGGCUCGCCCCAUGGCCAACUUUCGCCCACAUCCGAGCACGACGAGCCCCGAUUCGAGGGACACGACAGCGAGGCCGAUGCUGAUGGCGAGUCGAGCGCUGGCGAGGGUGCUUCAAGAUCAAGGCCGAGACAAAAGAGGCGGAAGAGCAGCCGGCGUUGGUUCGACGGCGAGGGCGAAGGCACCCAGACGGCCCCUACCACGCCCAAGCAGACCACGGGCGGCUUCUUCUCGCGUGACUCACCCACUAUGACGCCCACCUCGACCCGCCCGGGCUUCCUACGCCGCUCCACCAUGGACGACAUACCCGAGAACGAGCGUCAGGGUUACUCAGAGGAUGAGGGCCGCUCGCGCAUCGCAAAGGAGAGCGCAUGGACACGUGGACUGCACAGUGCGAGGGGACUUUCGUACGGAGGUCUGCGAAGACACGAUCCUAACGGCGAGGAAGAGGGUCACCAGAGUCGUCCUACCGGCAACUUGCGAAGCUUGACUACCUUCAGGGGUGCGGCGGGAGACACACAGCCCUCACCAUGGCGGAUGCGUAGUGAGCGCACGUCAAGUUUGAGUGCGCAGAAGUGGAAGUCCAUCAAGAACAGCCUCAAGCUUCUCGGCAACCGACAAAAGGCCGAACGCCAAAUCGACCACGCAAAGUCGGCUGAGCUGAUGGCUGAACUGCUUGCUGGUGCACCCGCAGCCUUGUUCUUUGCCAGUAUGUUCCAACGCGAUGAGCACGGCCACAGGCGUAUUCCCGUCCUUCUUGAGCAACUCAAGGUCACCAUCACCGACACAGACCGCCCCGCGAAGAAGGAGGGCGAUCGGCACACUGCUUUGCGUAUAGAACUGGAAUACGGCAGUGGCCUGACCAGGAUGAAGUGGGUUGUUUACAGGAGUGUCGCGGAUUUUGCCAACCUGCAUCUCAAGUUCAAAGUUCAGGAGAAGCAAGACGCUUUCCGCAGUCGCCCGGCUAACCGUAUGCGAGAAUUAAAAGACAAGACAUCCAAAGACGGCGAGACUGAGAAGGAGGAAGAGAAAGAAGACCCACGCACAAAACUUCCACGCUUUCCCAGAAGUGUAUUGCCCUAUCUCCGAGGUCUUCGAGGCUACGGCAUCCUUGAUGACGAAGGUGAAGAAGAGGAAGAAGAGGCUGCAGCAGGAGCCAGUGGACCAGAGGGUGAUGCAAGCGCUACCGAACGCCCUAACAGACCCAAGCGAGGCAAGUCGUCAUUCUUAGGUCGCAGACAAUCAAGCGUAAGUGGUUCUCAAGCCCAGGGUGCUGUCGGUGCCCUUGUAGCGAGACAGGGCAGUUUUGCUGGCGCCGCCGGUCAGCCCCUACAGGCGAAACAGAAUCAUCAUGAACGCCAACGGAAGAAGUUGGAACAAUAUCUGCGAGGUCUCAUGACCUACCUCAUCUUCCGUCCUGACAGCAACCGCCUGUGCAAGUUCCUCGAGCUAUCUGCUUUGGGUGUCCGCCUAGCGGCUGAGGGCGGCUACCACGGCAAGGAAGGCUACAUGAUGAUCAAAUCCUCCAAAGGCGUCGACAACAGGAAGGGAUGGACCAAGCUAGCCAUGAUGAACCGUCACUGGCCCAAAUGGUUCCUAGUAAGGCACAGCUAUGUCGUUUGUGUAGACUCGCCUGAGGAGAUGAACGUCUAUGAUGUUUUCUUAGUCGAUGCCGACUUUCAUCUCGACACCAAAUCUGCCAGGAUACGAGAUAAGAAAGCCAGAGAUCUUGCAAGCGAAGCGAAGGCGUCCGCAACAGGCCAUCACCAGCUGAAGCUCGUCAACGCUGAACGCAAGAUGAAGCUACUUGCUCGUAAUGAGCGGAUGCUGCAUCAGUUUGAGGAAUCCAUCAACUUCAUGUCACAGAACACUCUGUGGUCUCAACGCCAGCGAUUCGACAGUUUCGCUCCAGUGCGCAAGAAGAUCUACGCCCAAUGGCUUGUAGACGGUCGCGACUACAUGUGGAAUGUAUCCCGAGCUAUCAGUAUGGCGCGCGACGUCAUCUACAUUCACGACUGGUGGCUCAGCCCAGAGCUUUACUUGCGCCGCCCAGCUGCCAUUAGUCAGAAGUGGAGACUCGAUAGACUCCUCCAGCGCAAAGCACAGGAAGGUGUCAAGAUCUUUGUGAUUAUGUAUCGCAACAUCGGCGCUGCUAUUCCUAUCGACUCUGAGUACUCCAAGUUCUCCCUGCUAGAUCUCCACCCAAACAUCUUCGUCCAACGAUCGCCUAACCAAAUCCGCCAGAACACAUUCUUCUGGUCUCAUCACGAGAAGAUUUGCGUCAUCGAUCACACUGUAGCUUUCUGCGGAGGUGUUGACUUGUGUUUUGGUCGUUGGGACACACCACAACACGUUGUCGUUGAUGACAAGCCCACCGGCUUCGAGCUCGAUGAUACGCCCAAGGAUGCGGACCACUGUCAGCUAUGGCCGGGCAAAGACUACUCGAAUCCCCGUGUGCAAGACUUCUUCGCUCUCGACAAACCCUACGAGGAGAUGUACGAUCGCUCGAAAGUCCCGAGGAUGCCAUGGCACGACGUGGGCAUGCAGAUCGUGGGUCAACCCGCUCGCGACCUGACCCGUCAUUUCGUACAGCGAUGGAACUACCUACUUCGCCAGCGCAAGCCUUCGCGGCCCACACCCUUCCUUCUUCCUCCUCCUGACUUCAACCCAGCCGAUAUAGAAGCUCUUGGGCUUGAUGGAACUUGCGAAGUACAGAUCCUACGUUCCGCCUGUGCAUGGUCUCUGGGUACGCCCAACAAGGUUGAGCACAGUAUUAUGAACGCAUACGUGCAGAUGAUUGCCACAUCCGAGCAUUUCGUAUACAUCGAGAACCAGUUCUACAUCAGUAGCGGCGAAGUGCUGGGAACGAAGAUUGAGAACAAGAUCAACGAUGCGAUCGUCGACCGUAUCAAGCGUGCCCAUGCCAACGACGAAGACUGGAGAGCAUGCAUCAUGCUUCCGCUGAUGCCUGGAUACCAGAAUACUGUCGAUGAACAGGAAGGCAGCAGUGUCCGUCUCAUCAUGACAUGUCAAUACCACAGCAUCUGCCGCGGCGAAGGAUCUAUCUUCGGACGCUUGCGAGCUGCCGGCAUCGAGCCUGAAGAUUACAUUAACUUCUACGCACUCCGAUCAUGGGGCGAGGUUGGCCCAAACAAGAUGCUGGUCACAGAGCAGUUGUACAUCCAUGCGAAGAUCAUGGUAGUUGAUGACCGAGUUGCCAUCAUCGGAUCCGCAAACAUCAACGAGCGUUCUAUGUUGGGAUCACGAGACUCUGAAAUCGCUGCCGUCAUCCGCGAUACUGAGCUACUUGAUUCAUAUAUGGGUGGCCAGCCAUACAAGGUAGGCAAGUUCCCUCACACCCUGCGCAUGCGUCUUAUGCGGGAGCACUUGGGCGUUGAUGUUGAUUGCAUCUCUGAGGAGGAGAUGCUCAGCCAGAUGUCCGAUGAUGCCGAUAGCGUCGGUUUCCAGACAGAGUCCUCUGGCCCAGGAUCACCAACAGCUCAGCGCGCGACCGAACAGAAGCUGGAAGAGAACAACUACAAGAUGCAGGAUGAGCUCAUCCAGAAGGCAGAGAAGCUACAUAGCUUCAAUCAUGACUUCGACUGGGCGCAGGACCAGAACCCUCAUCUGCAAAGUACCAAGAAGCCAUCGGCUGAUUCUCGUGUGCAACACAACUCAGCACAUACCAAGGACGUUCGUGGCGAGGGCGCCGAUCAUAUGCUGGAAGCCGAGCAGUUGCGACCGAUCAUAACGCAAGCUAGGGAUUCUUACAUUGACGAGCAUGGCCAUGAGAAACUCGUUACCGAUAUUGCGGCUGAAGGUGCUGCGGCUAUACCCAGGAAGAGCGCGACACUCAAGACGCGCAAGCGCAGUGGUACCACCGGUACCAGGGCCAGCAACGUCAGCGCACAAACUGAUGGAACUGGUUAUGCUGGUCUCCCACCUCCUAAGCUACCUCGCAUGGACACGUUCAAGCUAGGUUUGACACAGCUCAGCCAGUUGCCUGCGUUGCCAAUUUCGGAUGACACGGACAUCGGCGGUCCGCCUGCUCUACAGCGAACUUUUAGCCAGGGUUCCUCUUCCGUCAUCAACCCUCUUCUCUCAGAAAUGCGUCGACCUGUCGUGACCGAAGACUGCAUGCGCGAUCCUAUCAACGACACCUUCUUCCUCGACACUUGGCAUCAAGUUGCAGAGAACAACACGAAGCUCUUCCGUCAAGUCUUCCGCUGCAUGCCAGACAACGAAGUCCGAACAUGGAAGGAGUACCAGGAGUACGCUGCAUUCUCGGAACGUUUCACCAAAUCCCAGGGCGGAGACAAGAGCCAGAUGCACAAGCAGCAGGAUGCCCCGGGUACGACUGGACCGCCCGGCACUGGUCUCACGAGCAAGUUUACCUCGACUGCUGGUACUGUCGGCAAGCAGGUUGGCGCUCUAGGCGAUAAGCUCACGGAGAAGAUGACGAACAACUCGGACCGAGUCAACGGCGAGAACGUCCAUGGAACAACCCAUCACUCCAGCAUGGGCGGCGUAGAACAAUGGGCCAACGACCAAGAGAAGCGCGUACAAUCCCAAAGCCCGCCUCCCCCCGCCACACGCGGUCUUCACCUGGACACCGCAUCCGGCACAAUGCUGAAUGAGAAGCUAGCCCCCGAGCCCGCCGACGACGCCGUAGUCUCUCCCAUGAACCCUGCUCCCCCAGAGAAGACCUUCACCUUCCCCGCCCCACCACCCAUCCCCAACGAGAGCGCCCACACCGACUUCGCAUCGCACUCGCAAAACCCACCUCCAACAUCCCACUCCAACCGCGAGCGCUCCCAACGCGUCACCAUCUCUGAGCCACCUAUCCACCCCAACGCGCUGCCCCAUAACCAGAACUCGAACAACACGCCCAACCGCUCAAAUACCAAGCGCUCCCGUCGCCGUGCUACGACAAAGUCGUCAAACAGGCAGUUCAACGCUACAGAUGCCGAUAUCAUGCUUGACAAGGAUGAUGCGAAGCGACUGCUGGAGCUGGUUCAGGGGCAUAUUGUGCUUUGGCCGUACGACUGGUUGGAGAGUGAGGAGAGGGGUGGCGGGUGGUUGUAUAAUGUGGAUCAGAUUGCGCCGUUGGAGAUUUAUAAUUAAACUUCGACCGCAUUUGCUGUAGGGCUACGCAGGAGCGGCGUGAGUGCCGCGACAUCCAUCGUGUGUCGUCGAGCUUGGAUAUUGGAGUUUGGCAUCGUGGUUCCCACUUUUGUCGCUUCUUUCUCGUUGUCGUUCCAUUUGUCGAGUUUUCUGUCAUUGCUGGUGCAUUGUUGGAGAGGGAGUGGGUGGGAAAGCAUUACACUGGCGUUUUCGCGUCGCGCAUUUGCACUUCGCUAUUUCACAUACAAGUCUUUCUCUCGUCGUUCAUAACUCUUCUUUUGUGUCUCGUUUCCUUUCCUUGACCGUUAAAGCGGUGUAGAAGUGGGCUAUUCUUUACAUGGUCCCAUAAGCGUUGGUUAGUAAUAUAGUAAUACACAUAGACACGGUUUCAAGAUUAUAUUCGAAUAGACUGUAUCA